UGUUAGGCAAAAAAGUGUUAUUACUGCUUUAACUUAAAACAUAUUUAUGAAAUUUAAAAUGGACGUACCUAUACGCGCGUAUAGUUAAUCCUUCUAAAAUCAUGUAUCCCAGAAAUAUUUUAAAGAAUUAUAUAUUAUCUCAGUAUACUAUGGAAAGAUUAGAUGUAAUAAAAGAAAAACUGAGAGAAGAUACAUCAAAAAGUGAUCCUUUAUGGCAAAUUAUAAUAGGAAAGGAAACAGACGAAGAAAAGGAAGAAGGAGAAGGGGGCCAAGAAGAAGAAGAAGAAGAUGAUGUAUUCAAAGAAGAAAAUGUAGCUGAAGAAGAAGUUUUAAAUGAAAGAAAUGUAAACAAUACUUUGUCCAAGCCAUAUAAUGAAUUUACAUCUACUCAGUUUUAUUUUACACAAGUUGAUAAGAGUUGUGAGAAAGAGAAUAAACAGGAACGUAUAAAGAAGUUUGAUAUCUUGGAAUGCCUUUUUGAAGGAUUAGAAGGUCCUAAUGGAAAAUUAGAUUUAAGUCAAUUAGACAGUUUGACAGAUGAAGAAUUAUUAGAAAUAGUAUGUGAAUUAGAAAAAAAAUUAAGUAUGUUAGGCACAUAUAAUCUGUGCUGUUCCCUAAAUAAUAUGACUUUGGAACAACAAAUAAAAUAUGCAACAAUUUUUCAUAAACAUUUGUUAUUGCCAAAGAUAAUUGCCUUAGAUAAACCUUCAAGAUUACUAGUAUCUGUUAUUAGUGAGCAAGUUAAAAAAUUUCCAAAUGAUAUUGAAAAGUUAAUUUUUAUUCCACUAUUAAAUGUUGACUUGAAGGAUACAACAAUUGUCAAUGCUAUUAUAAAUGCUUUUGAACCAGAAAGAAAUAUUUCUCUUAUUAGAGAAUAUCUGGCACAUGUGAAAGAACUCAAAGCAUGGCAUCUUUCUAUAUUACAUAGUUUAAUAUCAACCAAAACAGACAUCACCACAAAUGAUAAACUUAUUCAGCUAUUAUCAGAAAAAGCCUUUGAUUUUGCUAAAAAUAAAGAUUUUGGAAAGCUUAUUUUAUCAUUUAUAAAAAUUAAUGCAAACUUUUCAGAUCAGCAAAAACAUUUAUUACGGGAAAUAGCCAAUAUAAACCAAACAUUAUUUAAAAAUCCUAUACAAAAUAUGUUGAAUUCUAUGUAGUAUAUAGUUCAAUGUUGAUAAUAAAACACUUCAUGAUUGUGUUCAUUAUCACAAUUUUAGAUCGUUUUUUAAAUUUUUCAAUGUAUUUUUUAUGGGUGUUUUUAUAUUUAUU